CUUACUGAUGGGGUUGACUUGAGAACGCGCAUGCGCUGUACAGUUGGAAGAUGGUCGUUUUGUCAGAGUGAGGAGAAGCCCGAAAGUCACAAACCAUGAACAUUGUGGGCCAGCUAGCAGAGACCGUGUUUGUCACAGUGAAGGAGCUGUACCGCGGCCUGAACCCGGCCACCCUGACCGGAGGGAUCGAUGUCAUCGUGGUGCGGCAGCCUGAUGGGUCUUACCAAUGCUCGCCGUUUCACAUCCGGUUCGGGAAGCUCGGCGUGUUGCGCUCCAAAGAGAAAAUUGUCGACAUCGAGAUAAAUGGAGAAUCGGUCGACCUGCAUAUGAAGCUUGGAGAUAAUGGCGAGGCUUUCUUUGUGGAGGAAGAAGAAAACAUGGACGUCCCAGCCUUUCUGUGCACCUCCCCAAUUCCUCUUGAGGUCCCUGAGGAGACGGAUGUGAUCGCCGAGGGGUCCGGAGCCCGCAAGAAGAAGCGGUGGCGGAAGCACGUGCGUUAUGAUAAUCAGCAGAGGGACGAAGCCAACUCCUCGUCAGAAGAAAGAGACAAAGAGGAGGAGAGCAUGAGAGACUCUGACGCUGCUCAGUGGGAGAGUCUUUCAUCUCAACCACUGCUGACCAGUAAAUCAGUGUACUACUCACUGUCUGAGGAGCCAAACGAGGAACUGGGGGAAACACAGAACAGAGACACUCAUCCACGUUCAGACGAAGAGCUCUCAGAGAGUGUUUUCUUGAGUCGGCCGGAUUCUCCUAAAAUCGACUCUGAGGUUCUGGAUGAAGCCCAGGAUUUGUCUGAGCCCCAAAUGCAGUGGAACUGGGGAGGAUUUCCCACGGUGAAACACACCAACACAGACAGAGCUGCACAUUUACGCCAGACCUGUGCUGCGGUUGGAGUUCAACCUGCUGACAUGCGGUUGUCCUGUUUUUCGCAGCCCUGUGACCCAGAGAAUACACCAGGAGAGCUGAAGGCCUCAACUCACUUCUUCCCCAUUGAGAGACAGGAUUCCUUUGACCUUGACUACGAGGUCACACCUUCCGUGAUCAGCUGCGUGAAGCCACAGCCGAUGGCGGGCUCAUUUUGUUUAGACAGCAGCUCUCAGCAAGCCAGCUCUUUAUCUACGAAGAACAACGUUCACGAUGCACUUUCCUACCACAGCGACCAUUUCAUGUCAUGUGUUUCUUCCGUUGACGUAGAUUCUGAAUGUACGGUGGAAGAGAAGGAGGAAAAAGACUCUUCUUCUGAGAGUAUUGGCAUUUGUGUCGACAAAAGCCAAGAAAGUGCUGAAAAAGUUAGUUCUGUAGCUGAAAGAGUUUCUGAAAAUGGAACUUUGAGCAAAACAGAAGAGCUGACAAAAAAGAUGGCAGAAUGCACACUCCAAGAAUCAAGCCAGGAUAGUCGAGGACAAGAGAGUGUCUCAUCUGAGCAGAGAGAAUCAGAUUCUACAUAUUCUGCUCCUGACAGAGGAUUAGUGCCCAGCGCUGGUGGAGAAGAUGAUAAUACCACACUCAGAGCAACUGAUGAAUCACCUGAAAGCUCAGCUACUGCAUCACAAGCUGCCGACACGGACACUGGGAAUGACGUGGCGAAAUCCUCCGAAGCAUCCUCCAAGCUGGAACAACAGGACGAGAAAAAAAGUAAACAGAAUCAUCAUGGAGGCUCGUCGGAUAUUUACCUGGAUGACCUGACCACUCUGGACCCAGAGGUGGCGGAGCUUUAUUUCCCCAAAGCGGAGGCAGAGGGAGCGUUAACUCAGUAUGCUGAACAGGGCUCAGGUAGCCAGUCGCCUCAGUCUGUGGACAUUGGAGCAGUGGACAGUGGAACAGAGUAUCUGUCUGAUUCUACAUCGUACGUCAUGGACGUCAGUAUGUCCCUUUGUGGGAAAGUAGGAGACACCAGCCAGAUUACCAAAGAAAAGUUCACAGAGCACCUUGUGACAUAUCAGGAUUUUAUCAACAAUCCAGGAAUCAUUGAGGAUCCAAGUCUAGUCAUCUGCAUAAAUUCUAACUAUUACAAUUGGGGAGUGGCUGCUCCAAUGAUCCUGUCCAUGACAGCAUUCCAAAAACACCUACCAAUGAGUACAGUAGAGCAGCUGGUGAAGGACAAGAUGUCCAAAAAGCCUGGUCGCUGGUGGUUCUCAUGGAGACGCAGAGAAAUGGACAACAACAAGCAAAAACAAUUAAAGGAGGAGCAACUGGCAAGUGUUUCCUCCUCAGCCCAAGCCACACAAAAAGCUGACAAUGCUUCCAGUCUUUUUUCAGAAGCCAUGUCCAUGACUCAGUCCUUCAGCCACAUGUACCGCAAAUCACUACGUCUCACUUCCAAGGAGAUAGAGAGUCUAAAUCUGCGUGAUGGAGCCAAUAAAGUGGUAUUCAGUGUUACCACACAAUAUCAGGGCACCUGUCGCUGUGAAGCUGCUAUCUACCUGUGGAACUGGAACGAUCGGGUCAUCAUAUCAGACAUUGAUGGAACAAUCACCAAGUCUGAUGCGCUUGGUCAUAUCCUACCUCAGUUUGGAAAAGAUUGGACACACAAGGGAAUUGCCAAACUUUAUCACAAAAUACACAAAAAUGGAUACAAGUUCCUGUACUGCUCAGCGAGGGCUAUCGGCAUGGCUGGUAUUACCAAAGACUACUUGCAGUGGGUCAACGAGCAAGGCACUGUUCUUCCUAAAGGCCCUGUACUGCUGGCUCCCAGCAGCCUCUUUUCAGCACUACACAGGGAGGUGAUUGAGAAGAAGCCAGAGGUUUUUAAGGUCGCCUGUCUUAGUGACAUCAGGGACUUGUUCGGAUCACACAAACAACCUUUCUACGCGGCUUUUGGCAACAGGACGAAUGAUGUUUUUGCCUAUAAGCAGGUGGGAGUGACUGAGAGUAAAAUAUUUACAGUCAACCCAAAAGGAGAGCUUAUCCAAGAACUAUCUAAAGGCAGCAAGUCUUCGUAUAACCACCUGAGUGGACUGGUUGAGCAUUUCUUCCCCAUGGCCGCUGCUGAGACCAAUAACGCUGCAAUUUUAGUCUGUCCUGAAUAUAGUAGCUUCUCUUACUGGAAGGAGCCUCUGCCCGAAGUGGACAUUAGCAUACUGACAUAGACCAACUUCCAAUGUGUGUCUAAGCCCAACAUGCACGCAAAAUAGACAUAAAUUCUCUGAUUUUCUCAGGACAACCACCUUUGAUAAGAACAUAAAGAAGUAGUUGUUGAUUUUUAAUACUACACUCAGAUAGAUCCCAAUUAAACUAUUCGAGUCGAAGCGACUGAAUAAUUAGUAUCUUAAGCAUUUUUAGUUUUUCAAGGUUUGUUUCCUGUUACUACAUGUUUUCAUAAGUAUAAAUCUUAUUUAACCUAUUACCUGAUGAAUCGUAUUAAAACUGACAGAGAAGAACUCGUCUUUAGGCAUUACUUGGUGUGUUUUUUAAAUUGUAAGAAUGACUCAAAGAUAAUUUGCCUUACUUGAACCUAGAGAAGGUGUGAUCACAUUAACCUUGACAUGCACACCCCAUCUGUGUGUGUGUGUGUGAAUUCAUUGGACUCUAUAGCAUAUGGAGUUUUAUAUCUCAUUCUACCAAGAAACCAAAAACUGCUUAAAUAUGCAUAUCAAAUUAAUCUUAAUUAUAAGAUCUGUUUGAUCUCAUUGAGUUUAUGAGUCAGUUUGUGAUUAUCGGUUACAGCUUUGAAUUUGCACUUUACUGGAGAGAACAAAAUCCUUUGGACGAAAAGCUAUAUUUUAAACUCGUCCAAGACUAAAGGUCACGCACCAUUAGAAUUUUAUGUCAUGCAGAAGGACCAUUUAAUCUGAUUAUCGUGAAGCUAUGCUGGUCACAAUUUUUUCAUUGUCUCAUACCAAGUUUGUAAUGGCAUAAAAUGUACACUACACAAACGAGCAUCAGAUUUAAGACCAACAUUGAGUUCCACUGCAGAUGUGAGUUUUGGCUGUGAACUCUUAACGGUAAUGUCAUGCAUAUUUAUUAUUUUGCAUAUUUUCUUGUCCAGCUGAUCUGAAAUUGAGUAGUUUUUCUGUAAAUCAAAUGUACAAAAAUGUGAAAGAAUUUUAAACAAUCUAUGUUGUGCACAUUGUAGUUGUGUACUUGUGUUUUUAGAGUAAAUACAUUUUAUUUGCAAUAAAACCUCUUAUAAACAUGUUUUUUUGUUGCUGAUCAUAAUAUGCAAAUGUUUUCAAUCAAGACUUUGUUUUAUUGAAGUGGAGAUGGUAUUCUUGCUGUAUUUGGGGGAGCCUGUUACUGAGUGUCCUUGUGUUUUUUAAUGCAUUUAUUGCAAAUACCAUAGUGGUCAAAGGUUUUAAGAUGAACAGAUGUAUUUUGUUUCAGAAAUGUUUCAUCUUUACUGGUGUUAGAUCUUUGUAUCAGCUGUUUCUAUGGGACAUAAAAGUUAAAAACGAACCACUUUAAGUAGUUUGAAUGACUUGUUGGCAAACACAUCUGAAUAUAUGUGAAGGGUAAAUAGGAAUAGGAUCUGGGUCUUUUUUUUAAUGAACCUAAAUAUUUAAAGUUUUGAUCCAAAAAUAAACCACUUUCAUUAGUUUCAAUAUCUUGUUGAGAAACAUCUAAAUGUAUGCAAAUGGUCAAUAUGAAUAAGAUCUGGGUAAUUUUAGAUAUUUGAUAUUUAAAGUUCUCAUCCAUGAGCUCCUUGAUUUUUAUUUUUGAAUUGUGACACAUUGCUAUGUCUAAGGAUUAAGCUCUGCACUGGUGGUAAACUGAUAUGUUAGUUGAACGCUCUUUAGAAGAUUUCUCGGGCACGUGUUUCUUUUUUUCGGGUUCCCUGAAGCUUUCUUCCAGAAGUUUCUGAUGAGUUCAGAAUUGGUUGAUUUCAAUACAAUCUUACAAGCAGCAGUAUCCUUGCCCGGAAAGGUCUGUUUAUGCAAAUUGAAUUCAAAUCUGCUUAUUUAGACAGCGCCAAUUCACCACACAUGCUGUUUCACGGCACUUUAUACUCAAAAACGUUUUUUAUGUAAUAAAACAUUGACAGCAA